UAUUCCUCACUUCCUCUAUCUUCUUAGUAUAAUUACUUUUUAAUAUUUCAAAUCUCCUUAGUAAAAAUCUCCUUACCUGAUAUUUCUUAGUUUUCUUUAUUAAUUAAGAAUAGGGUUUAUUAUCACUCUUUGUACCACAACUUAUUCAUGGCACACUCUACUCAACAAGUGGUGCUGCAAAUCCCAGAAUCAAACAGGCAAAUAUCCGGAGAUGACACAAAUCAGCAGCAAAAAAUUCCAAGAAAAUCAAAUAUAAACUAUGGAUGGUGGUGUAGAAUAUUUUUAUACAUCAUUUGCCUAAUUGUUGGCCAAUGUGCAGCUACACUUUUAGGAAGAUUUUACUAUGAUGAAGGUGGAAAUAGUAAAUGGAUGACAGCAUUUGUUCAAUCAGCUGGUUUCCCAAUCUUGAUUCCUCUCUUCUUUUUCUUUAAAUCUUCCAAAAAAAACGCUGCUUCAUCGCUCGAAAAGCCAUCAAGAUCUACCCUUUAUAUGAUCUAUGUGUUUUUUGGCCUAUUAUUAGCAGGUGACAAUUUGAUGUAUUCAUAUGGGAUGUUGUAUCUUCCUGUUUCAACUUUUUCCCUCAUUUCUGCAUCACAAUUGCCCUUCAAUGCCCUGUUUUCUCUCUUACUAAACGCGCAAAAGUUCACAGCUUUAAUACUCAAUGCUGUUGUGAUUGUCACAAUCUCAGCUGCAUUACUAGCAGUUAACUCAGAAUCAGAGACUAGUACUAAAUUAUCAGCUGGGCAAUACGCGAUUGGAUUCAUCUGCACGGUGGCUGCAUCAGCAGCUUACGCGUUAUACCUUUCCUUAUUAGAAUUAACCUUCAAGAGAGUGACCAAAAGUGAGACAUUUGACACAGUAUUGAAAAUGAUAUUUUAUCCAACAUUAUUAGCAAGUUGUUGUUGUGUUGUGGGGCUAUACGCGAGCGGAGAAAUAAGAACAUUGACAGCAGAGAUGAAUGGUUUUUACAAGGGCGAAAUUUCGUAUUUGAUGACAUUGAUUUGGAGUUCUGUGCUUUGGACAAUUUGUUGGAUUGGUAUGUUGGGAUUGAUCUUUGAAGUGUCUUCUCUGUUCUCAAAUGUUAUAGGUACUUUGGGUUUGCCUACUGUGCCAGUACUUGCUGUGAUUUUCUUUCAUGAUAAAAUGGAUGGUGUAAAAGUCAUUGCAUUGUUACUUGCUCUUUGGGGAUUUCUUUCUUAUGUAUAUCAGAAUUAUCUUGAUGACUCCAAAGCCAAAUCUUCUAAAUCUGAGAACAAUGAAGCCACUAUUACUCAUUGACAAGUCUAGUUUCUAUUGGUAUGAUAAAUGGCAAAAAGCAUUGAGCAUGCAUGCUGCACUCUCACCCUCAUUCCAUUCGAGAAGCUGAGGAAGGAGGAAAAGCGUAAUUCUAUCAUAAGUUACCUUUCUAUUUGAAUUUUUAAAUUAUGUCAAUUUUUAGAGUACUAGUGAUAUCUAAGUAGUGUGUUGAUUUGAAAAUAUGAACUUUUUUAUUAUUAUUUGACUCUCUGAAAUGUGAAAAAUAGAGUAUUCCCUUGA